AUGUGGCCUGAAGUUGAACAAGCAUCAUUAAAUCAUCGUUAUGAAUUAGUUUUAUCUGGUGAUAAAAUAAAUAAACGUUUAGAAGAAAAGAAUGAAUUAGAUCCAACAAUCUGGAGAUUAACUCGAUUGAAUUUUCUUGAAAUAAGUCAAUGUCCAAUUAUUGAAUCAUUAUCCGAAGAUAUUGGAAAAUUAAUUAAUUUAUCAACAUUAACAUUAACAUCAAAUAAACUUCGUUGUUUACCCGAUCAAAUGAAAAAUCUUGAAAAUCUUCGUCAUUUAGAUUUAUCAAAUAAUCAAUUAAAUCAACUUAAUAAAGAUUUAUUUUUAAAAUUAAAUCAUUUGGAAACAUUAAAUUUAAGUAAUAAUUUAUUGGAAGAUCUUCCACCAUUUUCACCGGAAAAUAAUAAAAAAUUAGCUAUUAUUAAUUUAUCUAAUAAUCAACUUCAAACACUUCCUGAUUUUCCACAACAAUUAGAAAAUCUUUCACAAAUUGAUUUAUCAUCAAAUCAAUUUGAACAUUUUCCAGAUACACUUUUACAAUUAAAUUCAUUAAAAAUUAUUAUUAUGGAUUCAAAUCAAUUGACAAAUAUUCCAAGUCAAUUAAGUCAAUUACAUAGAUUAAAAGAAAUUCGGUUUAAAUCAAAUCCAUUAAAAGAUAAUCGAUUAAAAAAAUUAAUGGAACAAGAUAAAAUAAAAGCUGUUUUGGAAUAUUUAGCUAAACAAUGGAAUGAACAACAAAAAUCAAUAUCGACAACAUCAAAAUCUUUUCCACAAAAACAACAAGAACAACUUAAACUAAAUGAAGAUAUUCAAGAUAAAAUUGAAAUAUUACAUUUUGAUCAACCAGGCGAUUUAAAAGGAAGACAAAUUACACUAUUGCCUCGAGUUAUCAAUGUUCGACCUCAUAUAUUAUGUUGUAUUGUUCGAAAUAUUGAUUUAGCAACACCAGGAAAUUUAAAGAAAUUUUUAAAUAUUCAAAACGAACUUCAUGAUGGAAUUUGUCAAAAACGAACAUUAGCAACAAUUGGUACACAUGAUUUAUCACUUAUAUCAGGAAAUUUAGUUUAUGAUGCUCGUAAUCCUGAUGAAAUAGGUCUUAUACCACUUGGUAAAGGUCCAAAAUUAGUAUCGGCAAGAGAUUUUUAUGAUCAAUUAUGUCGAGAUGCUGAACAUGAAAGAAAAUUAAAAAAACGAAAUCAACUUUCAGGACUUCAUAAAUAUUUAACAUUAUUACAAGAUCAACAUGAUUUUCCUUGUUUAUCUGAUCAAGAUCGAUAUGUUAUUUCACUUCCACCAUUAACAAAUGCUGAACGAACUAAAUUAAGUCCAUCAAGUGAAUCAAUAUUAAUUGAAAUAACAUCAAGUCAUUCAAUGGAUAUAUGUCGUCGUGUUAUGGAUUGUCUUUUACGUGAAAUGAUUGAAAAUGAAUUAGGAAAAAAAUCAAAUGAAUCAAAUAUUCGACAAAUAUUAAAAUUACAACAAACGAGAGUUGUUGAUGAUAAAGGACAAUUAAAAAUAACAUAUCCAUCUCGUACUGAUCUUCAUUGGGAAAAUUUAUCUAAACCUUCUAUUAUUAUUCAAAGAUUAACUAUUGAGAAAUAA